AUGAAGCUUCUCACGGGCCUGAUUUUCUGCUCCUUGCUCCUGGGAGCCCACGGUUUGCUUUCAUUCCUUCGUGAGGCUGGUCAAGGGGCUUGGGACAUGUGGAGAGCCUACUCUGACAUGAAGGAAGCUAAUUACAUAAAUGCAGAUAAAUACUUCCAUGCUCGGGGGAACUACGACGCUGCCCGGCGGGGACCUGGGGGUGCCUGGGCUGCUAAAGUGAUCAGUGAUGCCAGAGAGAACAUUCAGAGACUAACAGGCCAUGGAGCAGAGGAUUCAUCAGCUGACCAGGCUGCCAACCAAUGGGGCCGGAGCGGCAGAGACCCCAAUCACUUCAGACCUGCUGGCCUGCCUAAUAAGUACUGAGCUUCCUCUUCACUCUGCUCUUACAUUACCCGACUGUGAUCACUGAGGUGAUGGACACAAAAUUACUGAGUUCUGUGUGCAGAGAUGCUGGUUGAGGGCACACAAGAAGUGUCUAAUAAAUGCUUGAGAGAUUGAAA